AGGGGCUCAAAUUGGAGAUACCAUUGUUUCUGGUACAAAUGUUUCAAUCAAAAUUGGAAAUGCCCUACCUUUGACCGAAAUCCCCUUAGGCACGACUAUACAUAACCUAGAAAUUACACGUGGAAGGGGUGGACAAUUAGCUCGAGCAGCGGGUGCAAUGGCGAAACUGAUUGCAAAAGAGGGUAAAUCAGCUACAUUAAAAUUACCUUCUGGCGAGGUCCGUUUUAUAUCCCAAAACUGCUCCGCAACAAUAGGACAAGUCGGGAAUGUUGGGUUCAACCAAAAAAAUUUGGGUAGAGCUGGAGCUAAACGAUGGCUAGGUAAGCGUCCUGUAGUCAGAGGAGUAGUUAUGAACCCCGUAGACCAUCCACACGGGGGCGGUGAGGGUAGAGCUCCUAUUGGAGAGAAAAAAACCUACAACCCCUUGGGGUUAUCCCGCACUUGGAAGAAAAACUAGAAAGAGGAAUAAAUAUAGUGAGAAGCUCAUUCUUCGUCACCGCAGUUAAUAUAAUAGUAUAAUAUAGUUAAUAGAGUGAAUAUACUUAAUGUAAUAUAUAUAGUAUAAAAAUUAAUAUAAUAGAACAAAUUAAAUUUAUUCAUUCAAUUAUAUGAAAAAUAAAAAAAUAAAAGAAUAAUAAAAUUUAUAGGAGUAAACUGUGGCACG